GCCUCUUCUUCCUCAAAACUCGUCUGAACAUGUAAGCAGCAAAAGAACAAUCAAAAUGUAAAAGAUGUGCAAAGAUUUUUGUAAAUAAUAGUAGUACGGGUUGUGCCGACUAAAGACUUGGAUUCUAGUUAGUGGGUACGAGCACGUCCAUUUUUAUGCAUUAUUGAUACUGAUUACUGAUGUCCUGAAUUUCGAUAAAGGAAUAAUGAGCAUAAAAUUGUUCGAUGAGUAUCUUCUCUUUUGCGCCUUUUGAUUUCGAUUUGGGAACAUAAUUUCACGACGCAAGCAAACGGGUCUCCAAAGUUUCUCUAUUUUAUGGAGGAAAAUGAAAGGCCGUUAGUAGAAACUUUCUCAAAACAAAACUUGCGAAGGGAAUUACUCAUCUCAAUUUGUAUUUUUUGAACUUUACACUGUUUUAGUCCGUUUGUAAUAUAAUAUAAUUAGUAAAAAAAACAACACGAUCAGUCCUAGAUUUUUUGAAUCAGAUCCUACGAAGAUAAGAUUCGCUUAAAUAUCUUCUCCUGUAAAAAGCGCUACUUCCUCCAGAUAAAUGGAUCAGGUCAUCACAGGGAGAAGCACGCAAAGUUGCACAACCUCAGUUCUCUGCGAGUCAAUCGGUGUUUACGCAAGGGAUCCUCCUCCGAUCUACGCCUUUAACAGUUGGGUUCUUUUUAGUUUCUUGUCAUGCUUAAGAUCCCAGAUAAUCAAGUUGCUGGCCAUCAAGCCGGAGAUGGAAAGCUUGGCCCACUGGUAGACGGUUUAGGGCGAUUCUACAAGCCUCUCCAGAGUGAUGAACGUGGGACCAACGAAGGAGCCUUCUACUCGUCGUUAUCUUCCAAUACAAGGAUUCCAGGCCAUAUUUGCAGGUUCUUCCCCGUCUUCCAUGGGACCCAGCUUCUAGAAGCAUCAGAUGGGUCUGGCUUGCUUCCUCACCUUGUUUUGCAAGACCUUGUCUCGGGUCGCCUCAAUCCGUCAAUCAUGGACAUUAAGAUUGGCGCCAGAACUUGGCCCGCACAAGCAUCCGAGGACUACAUUGCAAAAUGCUUCGAGAGAGAUAGGGAAACAACAAGUGUCUCAUUGGGUUUCCUGAUAACCGGGUUCCAAAUGUAUGGCAGCAGAGAGUCAGGAUUCUGGAAACCUCACAAAAAGUUUGUCCAUGGCUUUUCUGCGGAUGAUGUGAGGCUAGUUCUAAGGAAGUUUGUUUCUUCUAAUGCAUCUGGAGAUUUUGAUUUGGACCCAGAUUGUGCUUUUGCGUCGGUUGUUUAUGGCGGUUCCAAUGGGAUUUUGGCACAACUGCUGGACCUGAAAGCAUGGUUUGAGGAUCAAACUAUUUUCCACUUCUAUUCUUGCUCAGUCCUUUUGAUAUAUGAAAAGGAGUUGGCCUUGGAUGGUAGUAGUUCUGGUGCUGAAGUCAAGUUGAUUGAUUUUGCACAUGUUGUUGAAGGUAAAGGAGUUAUUGAUCAUAACUUUUUAGGUGGGCUUUGUUCUUUGAUAAAGUUCAUCUCAGAAAUUCUUACCACUCCAGAUAAAUGCCAAACCGAAGUCCGUAUCCAGGAUUCCGAAAAUAAUCCAUUUUCUUCUGGUAACGGUGCUGAUGGGUAAACAAUGAGCAGGAUUUGGUUAGCCUUUCUAACCUUACUUCUUUAAGAGUAUACUUAUUUUACCGGCUACUCUUUAAGGUUGAGAGAUGAAUAAAAUCAUUGUAAUGUAUUUUAGUUCCUUGAAAAAGAGUAUUAUGAUGUGCUAAAUAACAGUCCUUUACAUGUUCUAGGGUCCAAUUGAUGUGCUAAAUAACUCUGUAUGCUAUUAUGUUUUUUUAUUUAUGGGCAUUUCUGUACAA